CCUUAGCACUCCCCUCGCACACUCGUACCACAGAUGCAACCCAGGAUACGUCUCCAAACAAUGUCGUCGGCAGCGACAGACCGCGCGUUAAAGGUCUGCGCGUUCAUCCCGCUCAUGCUCGUCGUCCUGUACUGUCUCAUCGUCUUCAUGUCCACCCUCACCACGGUACAGCGCGAGUUCCUUUUCCUCCACCGGCUCAAGAUCCCAACAUGGAAAAAGUUCCACGAGCCAGAGUACUACGGCCUUGCACCCUUCAAGACACGAAACUUCAAGCUCGAGACACCGGACGGCGAGACGCUCGGCGCGUGGCACGUGUUGCCUCAAGGCGUAUAUGUCGAGCAGGAGCCCUUCCCUCCGCGCAAGCGUCUCCUCGACAGCGUCUUUGACGAUGCAUUUGGCCACCGGCCCACCAUCAUCUACUUUCACGGAAACGCCGCCACCCGGGCCCAGCCCCACCGAGUCCGGGGGUACAUGGAGAUGUCUGGACGACUGAACUGCAACGUCGUGGCGGUCGACUACAGAGGGUUCGCCGACUCGUCAGGAACGCCGUCCCAGGCCGGCGUGAUCAUCGACGCUAGGACCACAUGGGACUGGGUGGCGAAGAAGGUCAAGGCAGCCGGUGGCGACCCAGCGAGGAACAUUAUCCUGUGUGGGCAUAGUCUCGGGACGGGCAUCACGUCGGCUUUGGCGGAGCGGCUUGCGGCGGAGGGAACGUUCCCCCGGGCCAUCAUCCUCAUCGCGCCGUUCUCCUCUGUCGUUGACCUAGUCGACUCCUUCUACCUCUUUGGCUUCUUCCCCAUCUUCCAUCCUCUAAAGGCGGUACCACGGAUCAAAGAAUACAUCCGGUCGAGCUGGGCCGACCCGUUCGAAUCCAAGGUGUCGCUGGUGUCCACCGCGUCACCCAUGCUCCUCCUGCACACGCUCAACGACGGCGUCAUCCCGAGCUCCCACUCGGAAACCAUCUUCAACGUCAUGCUCGAGCGCAAUGGCACACAGCACAGGCCGCAGGUCGAGCAGACAGAGUACGAGGGAUGGGGUACCCUCAAGGUAGCGUACCCCAACGGCCUGCCGCUCAUCAAGUGGGAGGGCAAGUAUGGCGGGCACAACGACCUCGGCUGGGCCGAGGGCACGUUUGAUCUCAUGGCGUGGGUGGCGGAUUUGUAGGACGUGUAGUACAACGUGCAGUAGGGUGUGAACAACGUGUAGUAGAGUGUAAUCCGACGUAGAUGUUACUAGACCUAAU